AUGGGGGAGGACUAUAAUCACCUGAACGUCAGCAUGUCGACUCUGGUGCCUCCAAGGAGCGCUAGCAGUCAAGCGCCCAUUAUCCAUGGACCGGCAACGAUUGAGAUGAGUAACACUUCCACGGUCUCGCGUCGUUCCAGCGUCACGACGGCCGUGCACGAGAAGAAAGACGUGGAACCCUCGCCACCACCACCUUUGCCUCGCCAUUCCACCGAGCUGGGCGCACCUGUAAAAGUACCACGACUGCAACGAAAAGGGUUGCUUGGGCAAAUUACUUUGCUUGCAGAGGUUGAGAAUCCACGGACAUAUUCCCGGCGCACAAAAUGGUUUAUCUCUUUCGUUGUUGCUUUGGCAGCCAUCGCAACGCCGCUCGGAAGUUCUAUUUUCUUCCCCUCCCUUUCACAAGUAGCUAAAGACUUGCACGCAUCCGAUACGAUCACCAACCUUACGAUUUCAUUAUACUUGCUUGCCAUGGCGAUAUUUCCACUGUGGUGGUCGUCAUUCAGCGAACGACUUGGCCGGAGAUCCAUCUACCUGGUCUCAUUCGCUUUAUUUGUCGUGUUCAAUUGCCUUUGUGCUAUCUCAUCUUCUAUUUCGAUGCUUAUUGUCAUGAGGAUGCUAAGUGGUGGUGCGGCCGCUUCCGUCCAGGCUGUUGGGGCCGGAACGAUUGCCGACAUAUGGCACCCAUAUGAGCGGGGCCAGGCAAUGAGUAUGUUCUUCUUGGGCCCUCUUUGUGGACCUUUGCUGGCUCCUAUCAUCGGUGGCCUCCUUUCAGAACGCUGGGGUUGGCGCAGUACUCUGUGGUUUUCGGCUGCGUUCGGUGCCUUCAUUCUCUGUAUCAUCCUUUUCAGCCUGCCGGAGACCCUGGCUGCUCCAAAGCCUAUCCUGCCCGACCUUCCCAAUGACGCUUCCUCGGAAAAUAGACGACUGAGCCGUGUGUCGACCCAACAGGUCGCCCGUUCCACCACCAGAUAUCUGAAAUUUUUUAAAAUGACCUUCAUUGAUCCACUCAAGGUUGUUCUCUACCUACGACAUCUCCCCGUUCUUCUCAGUGUCUACUACGGAAGUAUCGCCUUCGGUGCCCUGAAUGUCUUGAACGUUAGCAUCGAGUAUUCCUUCGACAAACCGCCGUAUAAGUUCGGCACUAUCAUCGUCGGCUUGUUAUAUAUCCCAAAUUCGCUGGGUUAUUUCAUCGCUGCCGUCUUCGGUGGGCGGUGGAUGGAUAGGAUUAUGCAACGCGAAGCGAAAAGGGCGAAUCGAUAUGACGAGAAGGGCCGCUUGGUCUUUCACCCCGAGGAUCGCAUGCGCGAGAAUGCCUGGCUCGGUGCAUUCCUGUUCCCUGCCGGGCUUCUCUGGUACGGAUGGACCGUAGACAAGGGGGUGUUUUGGCUGGUCCCCAUGAUCGCCAACUUCUUUUUUGGUAUCGGGUCCAUGCUCAUCUUCACCCUGGUGACUACCAUGCUCACCGAGUUCAUGCCCAAGAAGUCUUCGACGGGGGUUGCCUUGAACAACUUCAUGCGGAACAUCUUGGCAUGUAUUGGAUCUCUCAUUACUGCGCCCGUUAUUUCUGCUAUCGGCAAUGGCUGGCUCUUCACGAUCCUUGGCAUUGUGGGCUUCGCAAGUGGCUCAGUUGUUCUCGCGAUGAAGGUUUAUGGAUCUCGAUGGCGUGCGAAGAUGGAUGCUGUUGCGUGA